AUGUCGACUUAUGGAUUUAUUCAAGUGCCAAGGGACUUGAAAGCAGCUAUCCCAGCUGUCAAUGCCCCAACUGACCAACAGCUCGCAGACUUACCUUCUAGCGAACUUGCAACUUUUGUCUUGAGCUAUGCAAUGGAAGAACUUCCCCAAAAGGUGCUCAACCACUCUUUGAGAGUCUUCCAGUAUAGCGCUGCCAUUAUCAAAGACCAGUUCCCUGAUUGGGAUUUAGACUUAGAAGUUGUGUUUGUCACUGCCUUGCUCCAUGACAUUGGUACCACUGCUAAAAAUAUGAAGGCUACUAAACUCUCGUUUGAAUUUUACGGAGGGCUCAUAUCAAGAGAUUUAAUUUUAAAGCAUUCCAAUGGGAACCAGGAUUAUGCAGAAGCAGUUGCUGAAGCAAUUAUCCGCCACCAGAACUUAGGUGACAUUGGAUAUAUUACUUCCUUGGGCUUAAUUAUUCAAAUUCUGACCAUAUUAGAUAAUGUGGGGAAAAAUCUGGAAUACAUCAACCCUAAGACAUUAGCCAGAGUCAAUGAGAAAUAUCUGAGAGAAGGUUGGUUAGGGUGCUUUGCAGAUGCCAUUGAUAACGAGAACAAACAAAAGCCAUGGGGCCACACUAGUCAAUUGGGUGUUCCAAACUUCAGAGAUGAUGUCAUGGCCAAUAAAUUAAACUACAAAAUCUGA